AUGGCAAAGAAAAGUCAUUCACCUGCCACUCACCGGCCCCGACGAGGUGGACUUAGGCGAAGGAUUUCGUCGCCGGGCUCUCCGGAAAAUGGAAAUAACGACAUACCCGAGAUCUAUCAGGAAAUGCUGAAUGAGUCCCAGGCCUUACCCCAAGCCUUACCCCAUAGGAACAACCCACCUCAUAAACGACGGAAGAUAGGGGAACGUGGGGAGAUCAAAGCUGUUGAGGGCACAAACCAGUCUGAAAAAGCGAAAGAAAAGACUGCGGCCAUGCCCCCGCAAACGGUCUACGAUCUUGAUGCCUCUGAAGAAGAAUCAGAACCGGAGUGGGAGGAUGUUAGCCUGCCCGGUCCUGCCACCACAUCUAUUUUACCUUCCAUGCUUCCAGCGGGACGUGAUAUAGAUCAGGAGCCUUUGCAGAUUACCCUUGGAAAGGAAGCAGCGGACCAAGGAAAGAAAGGGGGCGUUAUCCGACGGAAACCUGUAACUGGAGCUGAAAAGAAGCUGCGCUUGGAAAUACAUAAAGUUCAUGUCCUUUGUCUUCUUGGCCAUAUUCGACUUCGGAACACUUGGUGUAAUGAUGAGGAGACCCAGAAAAAACUGCGCCGGAUACUUUCAAAACGUAUCAUCAUGUGCCUGAACCCUAAAGAGGAUCUUCCGCAGUUCACCCGGUCUACUACCUUUGCAGAUGGCCUUUUACAGUCGUCAGAAGCCUUUCGGCGAAGAUUCAGAGUUACAGGACCCGGGAUGAGGAGGCCAUACUGGCUGGAGGAUUGCUCCACCGCUCAGGAUCCAACUGUCUGA